AUGCCUGUUGGCUGCCAUGUCGUUUCUGUUAGUCCCCAUGGGAAAGGUAGUUGGUCUUCUGGUUACAAAGUAGACAUUGAUGUCGACGAUGAAGAGAUUGAGUAUUUUGUGAAGGUUAUCAGCCGGCCGAAUCAUUUUGAGAUGGCUCGCGGGGAGUUUGAGAGCCAGAAAGAACUGGAGAAGUAUCUACCUGAUAAUGUUGCCUCACCUUCAGCAUACGGGACACUUGAACUUGAUUCCUCCUCGUCAUUCUUCUUGACACCAUUUCGUCAUCUAAGCGAGAAAGUACUUGAUUCACAGCCGCUCGCUGAAGUGCUCGACAAACUACAUCGAACUUCAGCUUCCCCAACUGGGAAGUUUGGGUUCCACGUGGCGACUUUCAAUGGCGUUGUUCCUUUGGUUAAUGAUUGGUGUGAUACUUGGGAAGAGUACUAUGGUCGCCAGCUGAGAGCAGAUAUCCAGUGGAUGCAUAGUGUCCGAGGACCUGAUCCGAAAUUCGACGAGACUGCAGAAAGGUUCUUUGAGAAGGUUAUUCCGCGGCUUUUGCGGCCCCUUCAAAGUGGUGGACGAACUAUUAAACCGAGUCUAGUCCACGGUGAUGUUUGGCCUGGUAAUAUUCAGCUGGAUACAACAACUCGGCGUGCUAUUUUAUACGAUUCAUGCUGUUGUUAUGGUCACAAUGAGCUCGAUCUUGCCAUGAUGAGAGAGCCUCGGUAUCAGUUUACAAAGGAGCAUGCUGACAAGUACAAAGAACUGGUACCGCCAUCUGCUCCUGUAGAAGACUUUGAUGAUCGAAACUCUAUAUAUGCAAUGUGUGACAAUAUCAUCAAUGUCGGCCUUCAUGACCAUCGGCAAUUUCUGCGAGAACAGGUGAUGGGGGAGAUGGAGAGACUUAUCAACAAAUACCCCGGUGGUAUCGAUGGAUACGAACUUAGCGAGAACCAGAGGCAACCAAGCGUCAACCAAGUUUAG